AUUUUGCCUUCAUGUGCUUCCAGCUGUUGAUUCUCAGAGGUCUUUUCCUUACAGGAAGGAUCACGCUGAGCAACUGGGCAACAGCAGUGGAGUCAGUCUUGCACUUAGGAUUGCCCUGGCGAAUGCUGAGGCCACAGCUGGUGCGCAGCACGGCAGAUGGCAUGCUGGAAUACAAGUCCUGGCUGGACGACUUGGCCAUGGAGCAGCGGAGCCAAGAGCACAUCCAGACGAGCUUGCUGGAAGUAAUUUAUCGAAACAGAUCCAACCUGGAGACUAUAUUCAGGAUCAUCGACAGAGAUCAUUCAGGUCUCAUCUCAUUUGAGGAAUUCCACCAAACCUGGAAGCUGUUCAGCUCCCACAUGAACAUUGAACUCACGGACGAUGGCAUCAACGACUUAGUUCGCAGCAUUGAUUUCAAUAAGGAUGGAAACAUUGACUUCAAUGAGUUCCUAGAAGCCUUCCGCCUUGUCAAACAGUCACAGUAGCGAGAACCUGGUGUAGGUUGCCACCUCCAAUGCCUUGACUGCUUGUGAAGCCAGAGGGACUGCCCCCACCCAACCACAGAGCGCGCUUGCAAAUGUCAAGCGGGAGAGGGAAGGCAGGUACCUGGAGCACUUGGUUGAAAACAGCGACUGCUGUAGCCAACAGUGGUGAUCCAUUUGGGGAAGGGAAUGGGUAAUAUAGAUAAGCAGCACUUCAAUUCUGGCCAUUUUUAAGGAGCUGUUUUAAGUAGAACUUCCUGCUCAAAGGAAAGAUGCAACUUAGCUUAUCUUGUCAAUACAUGUGAUGAAAUGUUAGAGGCCUACUUCCAGCAUAGUAUAAUGGAAGUAAAGGUAUUUCUUGUAGGUAGUGUUUUAAGCUGGUAGCAACUGCUAGAGCACA